AUGGCAACUAAUGUAAUACAGGGUCCAGAUUCAAAUCCGCUAAAUUCAGCGGAAACUGAAGUAGAAAAAUCAGAUAAUGAAUUGAUAAUGUUGAGUCAGAUACAGAACGAAAAUGUCAGAGAUUCAGAGUUGCUUUUACCGACCAGUAACAUUGUUCAAAAUGAUUUAAAUAAAUUUCCAACAGCUGAAGGGACUAUCGAAAAUAAAGAAAAUUUAAUAUCGCAUAAAAAGAUUAGUAGAGAAUUAAAGACAUCUGAGCUUAAUUAUUAUUGUGAGGAGGAAUCUCCUAAACUACCCCAAUAG